AAAAAAUCAUCAUAAACAUGCAGCGUUGCAACGUAUACAGUUGGGCAAUUUGUUGUCUUUGCCUUUUCCUAGUUGCGGAAACUAAAUCUAAAUGGAAGAAACCAAGCGGUGGAGGUCAAGGAACCGGACAAGGAGUCACUCUGACAGCUGAAAUUGAUAACCUCGAAGAUGCAAUACAAAUCUCAAUUGAAAAAUUGAAAGUUGAUCUGAAAGAAGAUUCGGCGAGUAUUAGAGACGAGGUGGCCAAUCUAAGGCUAGGUGAAGCAGACAUUCGUGAUAAUCUUCUUGAAUUGAUGGAAUCGAUGAUUGAAAUGAAAAGACAACUGAAUGAACUUACAAGCAACAACGCUUUAAAAGCUGCCACUAAGGCUGAUGUACCACUUAGCUCAGAAGACUGCAAUAAGACAUCCGCGAUGUUCCAAGCAAUCCAAGUUCAAUUGAAAGGCUUCCACCAAGAUAACAGUUACGUUCCAGUUGAUUCUGAAGUUUGUAAUAAAUCGUCCGAGAUGUUUAAAGUCAUUAAAGAACAACUAAAGAGCUGCAAAUAUGAUGAAUUGGGAACGACUGACGAUGCUAUUGCACAAGGAAAAUGCAACACAACGUCUUUUGAAACAUUGAAAGGAGGGCCAGAUGAUCAAACAAAUAAAGAACAACCUAACAACGAAGAGAUUCCUGUAGCAGGCGAUUGCAAUGGACAAUCAGAUGGUGUUCAUAACAUUACCACCAGCACCGGUAGAUGGUUUCUUGCAAAGUGUGAAGCUGGUUGGCUUAUUCUUGCAUACCGCUAUGAUGGGAGUGUCGACUUUAACCUGGAGUGGGCAGCUUAUAAACAUGGCUUCGGUGAUGUUAAGAAAGAACACUUCGUUGGACUGGACAAUAUUGUGUCUGUGUUGCAACAGAAGAGGUACAAGGUCAGGUUUGAACUCACAACAUGGGAGAAUGAGACACGAUAUGCUGAAUACAACACCUUUAAUAUUAGUGAUGAGACAGACAAAUACAGAUUAACUAUUGAUAGUUAUAGUGUCUCACCUAAGCCGACAAGGCUUGGUGCCAAAGAGAUAUGUGGGACUUAA